GCUUGUCCCACCACCCCGCUCACUCCCGCUUCACAUAUUUCAUCUUUUGAGUGAAUGUACGACAAUUGUUUUUUUCCGAGUGAUACUGGAGUUGUUGCCUGCGCGUAAAUCGAUCAUGACAACUCUACGCGACCGUUUACUCUCUACCACCACCAACAUCUGCCAUACAUUACGAUGUUGCCAACGGAAGAAAAGACGGAAAAGGAUCACUUCUUUGAAUCCUUGUAUGGGCUGGAUGACUUCGAUGACGAUGAGGAAACGGAGGUUGAGUCUUCCGUGAAAGUGUCCGGACACACGACCAAGAGAGCAGUCGAUCACAAAUCUGGUAAAGCAUUCCAGAUUGGUAAAGUCAAGCCAAAUCAACAUCGCGCGCAUGAGAAGCCUUUCAACCAAGGUUCACAGGCAGCACCUGUAAUCCUGUCGGACGAUGAGGAGGUUCGACAGCCUCCGUCCACGGAUCGAGCCUUCACAAAGAGCCAGACCACUUCCAUAAGUCCUCCAAAGCCAACCCGGGCUGCUUCUAAGAGAAAGCCUGAAGUUAAAGGCCCUCCUUCUCCAAGAAGAGGAGCCACAAAGAAGAAGAAGGUCGAGCUGCGACGAAAUGUGACGGACCUGUCAAACAUCAAGCAACGCAAGCUGCAACUUCCACCACGCCUGAGAAGAACACAAUCAGUACCGCUCGAACAACAGAUCUUCACAGGUCUUCUCUUCUUUUUCGUACCUAACAACGACGAAGAUAGCAUUCGGCGACUUCAAAUCCACCGAGCUGUCGAGUACGGUGCUACGUGGGCAAAUGAGUGGUACGAUGAUGUGACACACAUCAUUGUUUGUGGUGACCUCGAUGUCAGUCAAGCAUCCAAAAUCUUUACAGCAGGAAAACUUCCGCAUGGACCGGCGCUGGUGCGCGAGAAUUGGGUUACCGAUUGUACUUCGGCCAAGGAACUCAAAGAUCCUGCUCGACAGCGCUUUCUGGUACCAGGAUUUGAACAUCUCGAUCAGCACCCAGGCACGGUGCCCAGUUUGAGCAGGUCGAUCAGCUGUGAGGACAGUGAGAGUUUGCGUCCAGCGCCCCAAACAAAACGAGGGGAUACAACACCUUCGCGUCCCGACCCUAACGCCAAGUCACGCUUCCAAGACGAAGACACAGAGUCAGAAGAUGAACUCGACUCUGCGCUGAAAGAUGUGUGUGAACUUGGCAACCUGCCAGAUGAGCCGAGCUUCGAUGACAACGCAGCGCCCUCCACCGACAAAGAUGAGUCGGACCCAGCUCUGGACAUGCUUAUGGCCAAUGACAAUAUCCGCAAGGAGAACGCUGGCUUUCAGUGUAUGGAGAAAAACGACGGCAGCACUGACAAGAGCAACCCGAAUGAAGCAACCAUAGAGAUGCUGCAGAAGCUAGCCAGCAAAUAUGAUAGCAAGGGCGACCAUUUCCGAACAACGGCAUUCCGCAAGGCCAUCGCAGCACUUCGAAAACAGACGGGAUUGAUUCGAACCAAGCAACAAGCACUCGAGAUACCUCAGAUCGGAGAGAGCAUAGCGGCCAUCAUUGAAGAAUACGUCGCCAAAAACCGUGUUCAGCGCCUUGAUGCUGCGGAGAAAGACACACACGACCAGACACUUGAGCUUUUCACGGGCAUAUAUGGUGCGGGCUACCAGACAGCGAUGACGUGGCUUGCUCAGGGGUUCCGCACAUUAGAGGAUAUCCGUCAAAAGGCACAGCUGAACCCCAGCCAGCGUGUCGGCCUUGAGCACUAUGAUGACUUCCAACAACGAAUUCCCCGUGACGAGGUAACCCAGCAUGCAGAGGUUGUUCGAAGAGCACUAAAAGCAGUUGACAGAGGCUUUCAGCUGACGGUUGGUGGUUCUUAUCGACGAGGAAAGAAGGAUUGUGGUGAUAUUGACUGCAUCAUCACCAAGGAGAACGCCGAUAUUGGUCAUAUCCGAACCCUGAUGAUGGACACUGUUAUUCCCAACUUGACGGACCAAGGCUUCCUGAAAGCUGCGUUAGCCGCAGGACGUUUCGGAGAGCCUUGUUCAAAGUGGCACGGAGCAUCAGUGGUGCCGGGCUCGAAAGCGUGGCGCCGCAUAGACUUCCUUUUCGUCCCCUGGGCGGAACUCGGGGCAGCUCUGAUCUACUUCACUGGAAAUGAUCUCUUCAAUCGAAGUCUUCGACUCUUGGCCAGCCGAAAACGAAUGCGUUUGAACCAGCAUGGACUGUACAAAGACGUGAUGCGAGGGCGUGGUAGGGAGCGGAUCACUGAUGGGACCUUGUUAGAGGGUCAUGAUGAGAGACGCAUUUUUGAGAUACUUGGAGUUCCCUAUCGUCCACCAGGGGACCGACAAAUUGGUGGCUGAUCAGGACAUGGCAUGACCAAGUGUGGUUGGGACGGAGGCCUGAGUUGUAUACAACGGGCCAUCUUUAUGAGCAUUGGAUUUGCAAAUGCCACCACGAUUGGGGCCCACUCAUGAGUUUGUUUAGUAGCAUUGCGCAUGGUUCAGUUUGAAGCGCUUUAGCUCAUCUACUCCUUUGUACGCUGUUCACAAGUUGGAAGGCUUUCUUAAAAUGUUUUCAUAUGUGAAGGAAGGAAGAG